UUUGUUUUUAUUUACAUUUUAUUUCCAUCCACGUUAUUUUUUUGAUUUUCUAAACAAAUUAUUAAAAAAACCACCAUAAACAAUUAAUAAAAUGUCUAACGAUAUUCAAAUAACAAACAUUAAGGAAUUGCUUACGGAAAUGGUGGCGCCAGAUGAACGCUCCAACGUAAACAUUAUUCCUGACCACAUAACAAUGUUGCAUGGAACCAAAAGCAAAAAACAACUCAUUCGCAAAAGAAAACACGCCAAAAGUACAACUUUAAAUCGCCGUGAAUUUCAACAGCUUGGACUACAUACUCUACCCACAAAAUUAUUAAAAUACAAAGAUGUCCUGCCUCUACACAAACUAUGGAAAGGUUACAUCAAAGAGCAUUUGAAUUUGAAGAAUGGUGAUACCAUUGCUGAGGUAUAUGAACCAAAUUAUGAUGCAUUUAGUAAACUAUUGGUAAAGUCUGAUUUGCAUGGAGCUAAACUAUCAGUUACCAAGUCAAAAUGUCCCAGUUUAAUAGGACACUCUGGAAUUGUAGUUUUAGACACAAAAAAUGUUCUCAAAAUUCUGGGCGAAGAUAACAAACUACGGACGAUUCCGAAGAGCGAGUGUGUCUUUGGAAUGCAAUUAGGUAACAUCUCAUUCACUUUGUUUGGCAAGCAUUUAAAUAUUCGAUCGGCAGAGCGUUCGGUUAAGAAAAUUAAAAACUUUAUUGAACCCGAUUUAAUAUAGGUAUCUAGAGUUAAGGAAAAUAAAAAAAGAAAUAUAUUUAAUUUAAAAGUUUGUUUUUAUUAUAAUAGUAGUGUUUAUUCUACAACUCAGUAGUCACAUUUUUCAUUUUAACAACUUCACUGUCCCUAUACAAACUGGUAA